UUCAACGUUGGUAGAGGUCUUGCUGAUCUCUUCAAGCGUGUUUUUCUUCCCACCCCUUUCCUCUCCGUCCGACUGCAUCAUCUCAGGAGCGCUUGGAUCGGUGCGCACCCGUGACGUGGAAAUAAUUCGAUUUUUAUUUUAUUUUUUAUUUUUCUUUGCCAGAGAAGUCAGAGCUCAACAUGCCUCGUUCAUUUCUUGUCAAGAAGUAUUUCUCCAACAAGAAGCCAUACUACAGGGAGAGCCAGCUGGAGAGCCAAACCGCUUUUGUCCCAGAAAGCUUUCCACGGGCUGAACUUCCAACACAGAACAACAGCUCUGCGCUGACCUGCCAUCCAACCCCCCUGUUCUUCAGCAGCAUUGACACCAUUCCCACGCUGCCCUCCCCGAUCACCCCGGUAUCUCUGCCUCCGUCCCCCCUGGGCCCCCUUGACCUCAGCAGCUCUCCUUCAAGCAGCAGUGGCGAUGAAGAGGAGGAUGGCGGACGUACCUCAGAUCCCCCCAGCCCGGAUGCCAUCCAGCACGUCUACCACUGUCUGCACUGCAGUAAGACGUACAGCAGCCUCUCAGCGCUGUCCCACCAUCAGAUGGCCCACCACCAGAUCCCCUCCAGUGUCCCCCUGCAGCAGACUCCCUCCCUGCCCACAGAGGUCUCGGCUCGCCCGGCCUUCCACUGCAAACACUGCCCUAAGGAGUACACCAGCCUGGGAGCCCUCAAGAUGCACAUUCGCUCACACACUCUGCCUUGUGUGUGCCCCACCUGCGGCAAGGCCUUCUCCAGACCAUGGCUGCUCAGGGGCCACAUUCGCACCCACACAGGCGAGCGCCCCUUCGCUUGUCAACACUGUAACCGGGCCUUUGCUGAUCGCUCCAACCUGCGCGCCCACCUGCAGACCCACUCAGAAGUGAAGAAGUACCAGUGCGGAUCCUGCUCGCGGACUUUCAGCCGCAUGUCCCUGCUGCACAAACACACUGCUUCUGGAUGCUGUCCUGCCUCAUAGACUCACAUUCCCCGGAUGGCUCUCAGGACUGCUUGUUGGCCGACACACCCAGAGGACAUUUGGAGACUGGUGCCAACUGCAUCUAUGAUAUGACUGCUUUAAAUGCCUUAAUUUCAGGAUUUUGUAGGUUUAUCAGAUCUGAGGUCAUAUUGGUAUUCGCAGCACAUUUUUGCUGCAUCCUGUCAAGUGCGUGUGUGUGUGUGUGUGAUUUGAGGGCAGCUGGACAUGCAGUUAAUUCCCAGGAAACUCCAUUGGUGCCGGCCGGUCCGGGACAUUGGCCAUGUUGCAGCUGCUUGGGUGUGUUUGUGCGUCUGUGCAUGUGGGGAUGUCAUUCCUCACCGUACUAUACAUACAUGACGUGUGUAUAUGAGCAAGUGUGAGUGUUGAGACAGCUGUCUGUGUACGGUGCACUGUGGAGGCAGGGCGCUGAGAGAUGUGUUAGCUGUGACCUCGACGACAGGUGACACCCCCCUCCUCCGGCCCUUUCGCCCCCUUCAUGCCACGAACGCUUUCGGCAGUCGAUGUGUAUUACUGGACGAGAAAUGACCACUUGAGCUUGACCAAAAAAAACACAACUUGCCUUCACCAAUAAUGUCAUCUGUACAGUAUAUAAAUGAGAUGUUCUUUUGAAAAAUGUUUUUGACCUACCAUUUUUAUGAAACAUUUUGUUAAACAUGCCUUUCAAAUGGUGAUUCUGUGCCUUUUAUGGAUGUGCAUUUUUCUUCUGCCACGUGUAAAUAAAAACAUUGUUUAAAAAAAUAUA